UUGAUUUUCGUCCCUCUCGUUCUCGGUGUUGUUGUUCUCAGUGACGCGACGGAGGUGUAGCCUGACGCGGUCUCUUACGUGUCGGCCUGAAUAAAAGUGGAGCUCCGAGGGCCCGGGAGUGACCGAGGGAGUCUGUUUCGCUAAGUCGAUGACCAUGGAGUCGGGAGCAGAGGUUCAUCAGGGAGGAGACACGGCAGUGUCAGAGAUAGACAGCCAACAGAUCUCCCAGGCACAGAUAGCCACCCUGGCACAGCAGGAUUAUGUUUAUGCUUUGCAGGUUUCCAUGGCAGCAGGUCACGCCACAUCCAGCGGUCCUACGGUCACCCUGGUGCAGCUGCCCAAUGGCCAGACGGUCCAGGUUCACGGCGUCAUCCAGGCCGCUCAGCCCUCUGUCAUACAGUCACCACAGGUCCAGACUGUUCAGAUCUCCACCCUAGCAGAGAGUGAAGACUCUCAAGAGUCAGUGGACAGUGUGACUGACUCUCAGAAACGCAGAGAGAUCCUCUCACGACGCCCCUCAUAUAGGAAGAUCCUGAAUGACCUGUCAUCAGGUGACACCCCAGGGGUUCCCAGGAUCGAGGAAGAGAAAUCGGAGGAGGACACAGCGCCCGCCAUCACCACGGUUACCAUGCCCACAUCAUGCCCCAUCUACCAGACCAGCAGUGGCCAGUACAUCGCCAUCACCCAGGGCGGGGCAAUCCAGCUGGCCAAUAACGGAACAGACGGGAUCCAGGGACUCCAGACCCUGACUAUGACCAAUGCUGCGGCCGCCCAGCAGGGCACCACCAUCCUGCAGUACGCUCAGACCUCGGACGGCCAGCAGAUCCUGGUGCCAAGCAACCAGGUGGUAGUGCAAGCUGCGUCAGGAGAUGUGCAGGCCUACCAGAUCCGCACGGCCCCCACUAGCACCAUCGCCCCUGGGGUGGUCAUGGCCUCCUCCCCUGCCCUGUCUGGCCAGGGGGGCCCAGAGGUAGAAGUUACCCGCAAGAGAGAGGUCAGACUCAUGAAGAACAGAGAGGCGGCCCGCGAGUGUCGCAGGAAGAAGAAGGAGUAUGUCAAGUGUCUUGAGAACCGCGUGGCCGUGCUGGAAAACCAGAACAAAACCCUCAUAGAGGAACUGAAAGCACUUAAAGACCUGUACUGCCAUAAAUCUGAGUAGCUUCAAAAUAACCCAUCCUAGCCCAACUGUCACUCCCUAUUCAGCGGGCAUCAGACUGCCCACUGACCUGUACAGAGACUCUGCCAAGCAUUGGCCUACGGGCAUGACCCAUGACAUCUGAAGCAAGAGGAUGUGAGAGAGAAGACAGAAUGAAAAUGGAUUGAUGAACGGGAGAUCAGUGAUGGACAGUGCUUUGUGGGAAUUGUAGUAAACAUGACCACUUUGGCCCAUACGUCCCCCAAUCUCCCAUCCACCAAUCCAUUUUCACCCUGUCUUCUCUCUCACAUCCUCUUGCUUCCACUCCUUCUUCUCCCGCUCACUUGUUAUCCACCUUUUCAUCUUUCUUUGCCUCUCCCAACUUCUCUCAAUAUUAUCCCACCGCGGAACUGAAAGGAUGAGGAUUCAUUCGUCAGUUGUGGUUCCAGGGAUAACGUGGUGAAACAUAACACUAACUCUUUUACACUAUUCAACCUUCUUGUUUGGGGUUUGAAUACUGGGAAGAGAAGUCACAGACUUCUGACAUAGUCAUUUGUUAUUAACCCAAAGCCUCGUAUGUCUUCACUAACAAUGGUUAGCCAAUCAAACCAUAGGGUUAGUGUCUGAAUGUCCAAUCAGCUCAAGAGGAAGUCAAGACAAGGAAGUCAAGGUAGCCUCCAGAACCCUGGCAUUGGAGUCAGUUAAGACAUUGUAGAUUUCCCUGGGCCCGGUUUCCCAAAAGCAUCUUAAGGCUAAGUUCAUCGUAGGAACCUUUGUAGGAGCCUCGUUAAAUCUCGUUAUUAACAUUGCACUUGAAAGCGCUUGUAAUCUAACGCAUGCUUCAGACCACUCGUAGAACAGCAGUGCGUCGUUAGAUCUGUCCUUUAUGUACAGAAGAUCUCCGCUAAACAUCACAUGGUUUAUCCGUCUCUCUGUGUCCGAUGAUAACCUCAGAACAAUGUUGACUACAAAUGCAAAGGUGCCAAUGUCUUUGUAAUUGAUACAAACAAGCAACGUAUAAAAAUAUGCUUCAAAUGAAAACAGAGAUGACUGCAUUCAAAUAUAAACAGUAGGAUGUAGGCCUAUUUCAGUCCUAUUGAAAUACAUACCAUCAAUCAAUUGAGUUCUAUUUUGCUACUUGUAGGCUACUGUUUGUAAUUUGUCUCAAUAUAUUUCAUGAUGUGUAGCCUAACGUGCUUAAUGAUGUGCCAAAUCUUUGAUUUAGUGGGUAAGCAUUAGACUAAGGCGCCUCAAUAUUUGCGGUAAUAUAUAUUAUUAUUAUAUAUAUAUUUGCGGUGGUAAUAUCUGUAGCCGCGGGAAGUAAGGGUGCUGAGGGUGCUGCAUCACCCCCUGAUAAAUCACAAUAAACCAAAUUGGUGCACUAGACCUUUAUUACCCCUGUAUGAGCAGAGAAAAAUACUCAUCUGCAGAGCGGGGAAAAGCCCCCCAACUCGCCCGUCGACAAAAAAAUUCAGCGCCCCCACCCCAAAACAACUUCCUGCGGCCAUGGUAAUAUCACUCUAGGAGCUGAUCUGUCGUCAGUAUUGUGAAAUAAUUAUAAUGUUGAGGAAAGUUCCCUUUCUUUCAAUCCUAUCAGUAUCAACACAUGAUCAAACGACGUUCUUAGCGAGUGUUCUCUCUGUGUGGUGUUUUGGGAAACUCAUGUUACAUCUUUGGGAAAGAUACAUUGUUAAAACACGCCUAAAUUCCAUCGCUAUCAGGAAACCGGGCCCUGCUCAGUAGAUCAUAUGAGAUCAGAUUAUGUUAUUUUCUAGAUCUCAGUGCUUAGGUUAAACAUCCAUAAUCAGUAUAACUCAUCAACUCGGAUUCAUCUUCCAUUUCAAGUGUCUUGGGUAUUUUCUGUAUUUCGUUACAUUUUGAUAUCUGAGAUUUGAGCUACUUUUGUUACGCUCUAAAGAUUUGGACUGUUGCUAGGUGGUGGUGGAAUAUGGAUCCCAUAUAACUACUGAAGAAAACAGAUUCAUGUCUGAAUACUGGAAAAAGUUGUCAGUACACACUACAUAUGGUUAAUGGGUUAAUGGCAAUUAUCUGAGAUUAAAUUCACCCCAGUAAAUCUUGUUGGAAUAGAUACAUUUGUAAUCUCCGGCAUACACAUAUUUAUGGUGAGUGUACUACUGUACAUACAUUCAGUACAUACAUUACCGUUCAAACGUUUGGGGUCACUUAGAAAUGUCCUUGUUUAAAAAAAUAUAUAAUAAUAAAGGCACGUUUUCUGGGGCCAUGAAAAGAACAUCAAAUUGAUCAGAAACACAGUGUAGGCAUUGUUAAUGUUGUAAAUUACUAUUGUAGCUGGAAACGGCUGAUUUUUUAAUGAAUUUUCUACAUAGGUGUACAGAGGCCAAUUGAUAAGGCUAAUUGAUCAUUCUAGACAAGAGUUCCUCUGUCCAGUGUCUGUGUUCUUUUGCCCAUCUUAAUCUUUUAUUUUUAUUGGCCAGUCUGAGAUAUGGCUUUUUCUUUGCAACUCUGCCUUGGCCAGCAUCCCGGAGUCGCCUCUUCACUGUUGACAUUGAGACUGGUGUUUUGCGGGUACUAUUUAAUGAAGCUGCCAGUUGAGGACUUGUGAGGCGUCUGUUUCUCAAACUCUAUGCUCUAAUGUACUUGUCCUCUUGCUCAGUUGUGCACCGGGGCCUCCCACUCCUUUUCCCAUUCUGGUUAGAGCCAGUUUAACGUUGUACGAGAUCUUCAGUUUCUUGGCAAUUUCUCGCAUGGAAUAGCCUUUAUUUCUCAGAACAAGAAUAAACUGACGAGUUUCAGAAGAAAGUUAUUUGAUUCUGGCCAUUUUGAGCCUGUAAUCAAACCCACAAAUGCUGAUGCUCCAGAUACUCGACUAGUCUAAAGGCCAGUUUGAUUGCUUCUUUGAUCAGGACACCAGUUUUCAGCUGUGCUAACAUAAUUGCAAAAGGGUUUUCUAAUGAUCAAUUAGCCUUUUAAAAUGAUAAACUUGGAUUAGCUAACACAACGUGCCAUUGGAACCCAGGAGUGAUGGUUGCUGAUAAUGGGCCUCUGUACGCCUAUGUAGAUAUUCCAUAAAAAAUCUGCCGUUUCCAGCUACAAUAGUCAUUUACAAGAUUAACAAUGUCUACACUGUAUUUCUGAUCAAUUUGAUGUUAUUUUAAUGGGCAAAACAUUUGCUUUUCUUUCAAAAACAAGGACAUUUCUAAGUGACCUCAAACUUUUGAACGGUAGUGUAUACGAUUACAUUAACAUUUCGUUAGUAGGUUUAUGUAGAACUUGGGAUCAAUCUUCCAACAUCACAGGCAUAGAUACUUUAUAUUCUGUUUAUGAUAGGAUAAAGUAGUACCAUAUUGUAUUACAUAUUGAUUAUUUUUCUUUUGAUAUAAUUACUGUACAUGGAGCCUACAGCAUGUGUAGAUUUUACUAUGAUAUUUCUAUUGAUUUGAUAAGAAAAUUGUUAUGCAUAAUAUGAAACCAAUAUAGAUUAACGUAUUUGUAUCAUAUACUGCAGCACAUAAAAAAAUAAAAAAAUAUAUAAUGUGUAUUCCUUUAGCUUACCAGGCCUAUUACAAUGUCGGCAGCUAUUUAAGAAAAAGGCCUUUUUUAAACUCACCAUGCUUUGUGGUGCUCUGCUCAUCUUCUUUUGAGACAGGCGAGUGAACAGCCUGUUGGAAGCUAUUACGACCCAUAAGACAUAUUAGUUCAAUUAGUCCUCUGGGUUUCAUUAAGCUGUAAAUGGCUAAGAAAUACAUUUGAUUCUGCCAGCCACACCACUCAUCUGUACAGAGGACUGAGAGCCCUAAGUGGUUGUAAAAGCCUCUUGCGAAUGUUGUAACAUGCUUACUAUAAAUGCAUUUCAUCACAGAGCACCCCUCCCCCCCCGCCCGCCUAGAUUAGGAAGCAACACCAUCAUGCAACGAAAGCUUCUUUUCUUUCUGUUAGAUAUUAUGUCAUAUGUAAUGUCACGGUACAGUAAAUGCAUUUCUUCCUACAUUUUUUGCCUUUGUUUGUACUUUAUAAAUAAUAAUUAAUUUUAGACACUAGAAUAUUCCUGAAUUGAAUGUGAAAUAAAUACAUGGUUCAGCCAACUCCAAACCUGUAAAAUCUUUAAAAAAACAAACAUUAUUUGUGGAAAUAAUCAGCACCAAAAUCCUAGUUUUGUAUUCAGGAGGACGCAUCAGGAAUCUAAAUAUAUUGAUCCUGGGUGAACCAUGAAAAACAAAUCAACACAUUGGAAUUGGAAUGUAUCUUCAGUGUGAAUACCCAGAUUCAUCUGUAUCUUCAGUGUGAAUACCCAGAUUCAUCUGUAUCUUCAGUGUGAAUACCCAGAUUCAUCUGUAUCUUCAGUGUGAAUACCCAGAUUCAUCUGUAUCUUCAGUGUGAAUACCCAGAUUCAUCUGUAUCUUCAGUGUGAAUACCCAGAUUCAUCUGUAUCUUCAGUGUGAAUACCCAGAUUCAUCUGUAUCUUCAGUGUGAAUACCCAGAUUCAUCUGUAUCUUCAGUGUGAAUACCCAGAUUCAUCUGUAUCUUCAGUGUGAAUACCCAGAUUCAUCUCAUGCACAUGAAACAUAUAACAAAGCAUAACUUCUGGAGUUUUCUGUUAGGAUGGGGGUAGUUUGUUAAUGGUUAUCAUUUUUACUGUGUUUGUACAUUGAGAUUCAGUCAAUCCAGUGUCACUCUGCUUGCUUUAUUUUUCUACAUUAAAAGACUGUUUAUAAUGUACAGCAUUCAUCAUAUUAUGUGAAUGGUAUUGUAAAAAGAAAAGUGGGUUGGGUUCGUGUGAAAUGGUCACAGAAAGUAAUGUUUCUGAUUAUCAUUGUGCAAGGGUAGCACUGUAAUUUUGUUCUUCUGUUGCUUGCAAAAGGCAAAGCCAUCUAUUGAGUCGUAUGAAUCAUUACCUUGUCCUGGCCCUACUCUUUCAGUUUUUACAGACGCUUUGACAAGUCAUUUGUGCGGCUGAAUCCAAGCAUGACAAAUUGCAGAGGUAAUCUCUUAGCAGAGCUUUUUCAGGGUAGAUUAUGGAUUCAUGCUGAAGGGAUGCAAUUUGACACAGCACACCUUGAGUUUCAGCUUUGCCGGCUCUGUAAAACUAAUUAUUUUAUGACAGGAGCAGAACUGAGCAGAGCAGGUCAAUGGUGCUUACAAAACAGUAGGUGAGGUUUGCUUGAACAGAAGAAGAAUUCAUCUGGAAUUAAUCUUGACAAAAUACCAGUGAAGAUACCAAGAGGUAAACUUGCCUAUAGGCGUUUGUAUUUAGCAUUUAAUUCAAUUUAAGUAGCCGAAUGAACAAAAAAAAUAUCAAUAGCCUACAGUGGUUUGGUUUCUGUACCAUUUUGAGGUACACAACCUGGCUUUACUUCCUGCAUGAACAGCCUAUCAUAGUGGAACUUUGAACAAUAACCUUUUUCUAAACUUUUGUGCCCUGUUUGAAUAUUGCCAAUUUUACAAAUUGUAAUCUUUAAAUACCAUUUAUUGUACAUAAUGUAAUCCUGUUAAGGGAGGUUUUAUUGUGUUCCAGUUGUGUAUCUGUCCAUUGUAUAUACUGUCUGUGAACAGCAUUAAACUAAAGCGCCUAACGAUCCACACUUUAGACAGAUACAAAUUCGUGGGGAAUAGGGGUGCUGUCCUCUGAUCAAUAAAGAAAUAAACAAUUAAUGCACUAGGCCUUUAUUACUCCUGUAGAAGUGGAGCGAAGCAAAGUACUUGUCAGCAGACAAAAAAUCUAGGAAAAAUGUCAGCACCCCCACCCCGAAACAUCUUUCCACAGCCAUGGACAGAUAGACAUUUUGAAAGCGCUAUGUGACACAUUGUACCACUCUUUUGUAAACAUUUAUGCCACAAUAAAUUGCAUUCAAAGUG